AUAAGGAGGUAGUAGGGUGACUUCCACUAGUGAGAGCAUUUUACCUUCCAAAUGCUGCGAAGUUUCCUGGCAGCAUCGACAAAGAUGCCGAACCAGCUCGUUAGAGUAUUGCAAGCAUUUCCUUUUCACUUAUUCGUCCGAUCAGUUGUCAAAUCACAACGUUCCAAAGCUAGCAUUACUUUAGACUACCAAGACGCCGAUGGCAAAGCUACCGCCGAAUCCAUCAAACGGUAUUCGACUGUUUUACAAAACAUUAUAUUGGGGAUUACUGUCACUCUAUUGGUCGCAGUUUCUCUUGCGACGGCCAUAAUCACCACUUUAAGUGCUAUUAGGACCUUAGUUAUAGAUGCCUCGAAACAUCAAGAAGGCCCCAACAAGCUCUCGACUGCGGUGGUGGGGACAUACACUGCGGCGCAUCUCCUCGGUAUGUCCGCUUGCAUUACUUACCCAAGGCGCCCACAUGUCUAUCGAAAUGGACACACGGUCGAUGAGCAAUGGACUGUUUCGAUUCUCUAUCAAAUUACCCACUCGUGGUCCGAGUCAGUCCUUCGGCUACCGGUGAAGGGGAAACGACUCUCCUUCGACAUAUUGCCAGUGAUGGAUCAUCACACGCGGGCACGAGAUCUCUAUGACGCAUUUUACCAAAUCAAGGGCAGCAAGUCUCUUGCCACGCAUCUAAUCAGAUCGCAUUCCGUCGCGUUCUCUCUGCAGUAUGCCUAUGCCUUGCUUGAUGCUCUGCUCAUGUUUUUACCACAGUACGCUUUGUAUAGAUUGAUAAAAACACUGGAGAGGAGAGAGGCUGGGAUCAACUCGACCAAAGAAGCAACUUUCUGGGCCGCCAUGCUUGGCCUGUUUACGAUUUUAGCCAACUCGCUAAGGAAAAAGGACGUCAAAUCUGCUAGUACAAAACGCACAGAUAUAGAGAGCGACGACGAUACAAAAGGAACGGGCGCGAAAGAAGAGUCGGAAGAAGAGAAUGUCAAUGCCAGCAGACAAUCCGCCAUCAAUUUGGUUGGUGUCGAUGUUUCCCGUAUCGCCGACUUCGCAAAGUUCAACAUGUUUCUCCCGGGCAUCACCUUUCGUUUGGCCACAUCAUUCUAUUUCCUCCUAUCGUUAAUCGGGUGGCAGGCGCUCCUUGCGGGCUUGGUAACCCUGGUCCUGCUCGCGCCAUUGAAUGCACACACCGCGAAGAAAUACACCAAUGCUCAGGGCCAGCUGAUGGCCCACCGAGACCGAAAGGUUGCGGUCGUCAGCGAAGCCUUGAACGGGAUCAGGCAAAUCAAGUUCUCGGCCACCAAAGGGCAGUGGUACCGCAGAAUCCGAGAAUCAAGAGAAGGCGAACUGCGCGCACAAUGGAACGUGUUUGUGUUUCAUUGUUUCAUUGUUUUCUGUUGGAUCGUGGGCCCAGUACUACUCUCAGCAUCGUCGAUCUCAGUGUACGCACUGCUACAUGACAGUCUCCUUCCCUCUGUUGUUUUUACAUCCAUUUCUAUUAUGUCUAGCAUCGAAAUGACGCUUGUGAUGAUUCUAGAGGUGAUCACGAACCUUCUGAACUGCGCUGUCAGUCUGAAACGAGUCAGUGAAUACCUGGAAUCCGAUGAAAAGAGAAACGUUGCAAUCCCAGGCGACUCAAUCGCGAUGACGGGUGCGACAAUUACCUGGCCUGCGGAUGAAGUCGACCCAAAUACGUUCAGGCUAAAGGAUGUGACACUGAAGUUUCCAAAUAAUCAGCUCUCUGUUAUAGCCGGGUCGACCGGUUCUGGAAAGAGCCUGAUACUCGCAGCCAUCCAAGGAGAGGCCGAGGUGCUUGAGGGCAAUCUAGUUCUUCCACCCCGUCUCCCUUAUCACGAAAGAUUCGACCAGAGAGCAAAUAAGAGUAACUGGAUACUGCCGAAUUCAAUGGCAUUUGUUAGUCAAGAAGCAUGGCUGGAGAAUAUGUCUUUCCGAGACAACGUGUUGUUUGGACUCCCCUUCGACGAACAGAGGUACAACAAAGUCGUGAAAUAUUGUGCUCUCGAGAAGGAUAUUUCCUUCUUAAUUGACGGCGACCAGACUGAGAUUGGAACAUCUAGAAUCAAUAUUUCGGGAGGUCAAAAGUGGCGUCUCAGCUUAGCUAGAGCACUGUAUUCCCGUGCUGACAUCCUUCUCCUAGACGAUAUCUUCACAGCAGUUGACGCUACCACCGGAAGACACUUGCUUAAUGAAGCACUUACCGGGGAGCUCGCGCAAGGAAGAACUAGGAUCCUUGCGACUCAUCAUGUGUCAAUGCUUUAUGGCACGAUGGCGUAUGAAGUUAUUCUUGGGGACGGAAUGAUUAAGCGAUGUGACGAUUCUCCUGGCAAUGAGUUUAUUGACGAACCUUAUCACAAUGGCGCUAGGGAGCUUGGAGGCCAACGGAAGGAGUACGUCGGGGACCAUAAUUUGAUACUAGUUAAGAGCCACCAGUCCGAACCUCCAGAUGGCUCUCAUCAUCUAAGGAAGUUGGAUGCCACGCCGCGGAAGUUCGUCAAAUGGCGGGUGUAUCUCACAUACUUCCGCGCAAAUGGAGGGUUCUGGUUUUGGACAGUACUCCUCAGUACAUAUAUUUUCUUUGAAGUCAUGCUGCUUACACGAGGUACCGAUCCCAAUACCCUUUUCUACCUCUACCUAUACGUCGGUGUUUCCUUCGCUAUUAGCUUCGAAGGUGUGCUACGUCGCACCAUGUUCGAAAGCAUGCUGUCCAAUAUCUUGCAUGCAAAACUGCGCUGGCUGGAUACUGUCCCUAUCGGCCGCAUCCUCAACCGCUUCUCUUCCGACUUCACAGUUGUUGACUCUAAGCUCGCCCUGUCGGCCUCAUUCGGGAUCCACAACUUUAUGCUUGUUGUCGGCAUCAUCACGGCGGGUGCCUUCAUAUCGCCGAUCUUCCUUCUAUUCGCCGUCGCGCUGCUUAUCCUUUGCUUCCGUUACUCACUACGCCUCGAAAGCGUCGCUAAGUCUCCCAUCUUCGAGCUCUUCGGCUCGGCCCUUGCCGGCAUCGCUACGAUUCGUACGUACGACAUGACCCCCAGCUUCAUGACCACUAUGAACGCCCACAUCGACAACUACGUAAAGACACACUGGUACCUGCAGCUGCUUAACUUUUGGCUUACGUUCAGACUCUCCCUCAUCGGCGCCGCAUUUUCCCUACUCGUCUCUGUACUGAUAGUCACCAUCCACAACAUCGACGCCGCGCUCGCAGGGUUUGCUCUCGCGUUCACGGUCCAGUACAGCAGGGCUGUCACCACGAUGCUCCGGCAGGCCGCCGUUAUCGAGCUCGGCAUGAACGCCACCGAACGCAUUGUCGAAUACUGCGAACUCGACACAGAGCCCGAAACGGGCGUCGAUGUGCCGGCAUCGUGGCCGUCCGACGGCGCGCUCGAAGUCGACAACCUCAGCGUCGCAUACGCGGACGAUCUCCCCGACUCGCUAAAGGACGUGUCAUUCCGCAUCGAGGCGAGGGAGCGUGUCGGAGUCGUGGGGCGCACUGGGGCCGGGAAAAGCUCGCUGACCCUUGCGCUGUUCCGCUUCCUCAAGGCGAAAGCCGGGACGAUCACGAUCGACGGCAUCGACAUCAGCAAGGUGAAGCUGCACGACCUUCGCAGCCGGCUCGCGAUCAUCCCGCAGGACCCGGUUCUGUUCAGCGGGACGGUCCGGUCGAACCUCGAUCCGUUAGAGGAGCACGAGGACUGGGAGCUGCAAGACGCACUGGAGCGGGUGCAUCUGAUCAGCAGCAGCGGUAUCGACACGCCCGUCGCCGAUGACCCAUCAUCAUCCUCAUCCGCUACCUUCUCCGGCACUAGCACACCACGCACCCCCACCACCAAUAUUUUCCACUCCCUCACCUCCCCAAUCUCCGAAUCGGGGCACAACCUGUCCCAAGGGCAACGCCAACUCCUCUGCCUCGCGCGGGCGCUCGUGUCGCGGCCGUCGAUCCUGGUGCUGGACGAGGCGACGAGCGCGGUGGACACGGCGACGGACACGAAGAUCCAGCAGAGCAUCCGGGAGAACUUCCAGGGGUGCACGCUGCUGGUGAUCGCGCAUCGGUUGAGCACGGUGGCGGACUUCGAUCGCACCUUGGUGAUGAGUGAGGGGCGGAGCGUAGAGUUUGGGUUGUCGGGGGAUUUGUUGAGGAGGGAGGAAGGAGGGGUGUUUAGGGGGUUGGUGGAGGAGAGUGGGGAUCGGGAGGCGUUGAAGAGGAUGAUUUUUGGGGAGGGAAUAUGGGAUUUCAGAGGGAUAUAUAAAAGUCCUUUAAUUGAUAGAAAUGCGAAUAGACAAUACCUUUGA